ACGGAGACCGACAUAGUGAGAGGGUGGGAGAGACACAGAGAGGGAAGGAGAGAGAGACACAGAGAGGGAAGGAGAGAGAGACACAGAGAGGGAAGGAGGGAGAGACACAGAGGGCAAGGGAGAGAGAUAUAGAUUUGUAGACCAAAGAGGUGGCUGAAAGUGAGGUAGUGUGAGCGUCUGUUUUGAUUGGAGACAUGGAGAUGGAGCCUCUAAGUGUGUGUGUUUCUAAACCAGAACAAGGAAACAGUCGUGUCCUAAAGGCUGCGCUGGCCGCAUGUGUGUGUUUCUGCAUCGCUCUGCUGCUUGCUGUCAUACUGGUUUCCCAGAGAGCCAAUCAGGAUGUCUUCUGCUUAACUCCAGAAUGUAUUGAAGCAGCUGGUUCUAUCCUCAGUAAGAUGGACCGGGCUGUGUCUCCCUGUGACGACUUCUAUGGGUUCUCCUGUGGUAGCUGGCUGAGAGACAACCCUAUUCCUGAAGAUUCCUCUUCUUACGGCGUCUACCCCUGGUUACGCCAACACGUUGAUAUCAUACUCAAGGAUUUGCUGGAGGCUCCAUCAGACUCAGAUGAGAUAGAAGCUGUCAGGAAGGCCAAGGUCUUCUACCGCUCCUGUAUGGACGAAGCUAUAUUGGAGAAAGUGGACAGUGGUCCUCUGUUGAAGCUUUUACAGCAGCCUGAGUUCCACUGGCCCGUCCUGGGGGAAGGGCUUGGGGGGGAGUGGCUCUGGUCACCAGGACGAUGGGAUCUGCUGCAGACAUUGGCUCAGAUUAGGAACCAACACAGCAAGAGUGUUCUGAUUCGAUUAUACAUCGCCCCAGAUGACAAGAACUCCACCAACUACAUAAUUAAGUUGGAUCAGGCGUCUCUGUCUCUCUCCUCCAGAGAAGAUUACAUCACCAACACCACCAGCGCUCAGGCAUAUCGUAGUGCUCUCCUGAACCUCAUGGUGGACAUAGCAGUGAUGUUAGGAGCUCCACUGGAAGCAGCUGAGAUUCAGAUGAGUGAAGCACUGGCCUUUGAGACCAAACUGGCUCAGAUUGUGAUUCCAUUUGAGAACCGGACCAGUGAGUACAUGUACAACAGAUACACCAUCUCCCGUCUACAUCGCUCCAUACCACAGUUUGACUGGUUGUCCUUUGUGAAGUCAGUAGUAGAGUCAAAGGGAGAAGGUGUUUCUGUCUACUCCUCUGAGCCAGUGAUAGUCCGUGUCCCCACCUACUUCAAACAGCUGUUUAAACUCCUCAACACCACUGAGCCCAGGACAGUUAGUAACUAUGUCAUGUGGAGGACAGUGUUCUCCAGGAUCACAACUCUCAGCCGACGCUUCUUAUACAGAUAUCUGGACUUCACACGGGUAACCACAGGAACGACCUCGCUGACCCCUCGUUGGGAUAAGUGUGUUAACUACGUAGAGAACACUCUGGUCUACGCCACCGGACGACUCUUCAUCAACACACACUUCCAGGAGGACAAGAAACACAUGAUGGAGGAGCUAAUUGAAGGAGUUCGCUGGGCGUUCAUCAACAUGCUGGAGAGAGACAACGACUGGAUGGAUGGACCGACCAAGAAGAAAGCUAUAGAAAAGGCUCAGACAGUCCUGGCCAAGGUUGGCUAUCCUGAGUUCAUACUGAAUGACACCUACAUCAACCAAGACAUAAAACAGCUUGUAUUCUCUGAGGACAACUACUUCGAUAAUGUGAUGCAGACUCUGCGUUUCAUUGCCCAAUCGGAUCUCAACUGGCUGCGGAGGACUGUCCCUCGCACUGAGUGGUUCACCAAUCCCACGACAGUCAAUGCGUUCUACAGCUCCUCCACCAAUCAAAUCAGGUUCCCUGCUGGAGAGCUCCAGAAGCCUUUCUUCUGGGGGCGGGACUAUCCUCGGUCUCUUAGCUAUGGAGCCAUAGGAGUGAUUGUAGGACAUGAACUAACACACGGCUUUGACAACAAUGGGAGGAAGUAUGAUAAGGAUGGUAACAUGGACCAGUGGUGGAGCAACGCAUCAAUCACAGCCUUCACUGACAAGACCCAGUGUAUGAUCGACCAAUACAACAGCUAUCGCUGGGAGGAGGCGGGACUAAAUGUGAGGGGGAAGAGGACCCUAGCAGAGAACAUUGCAGACAACGGCGGAAUCAGGGAAGCUUUCAAAGCCUAUAGGAGGUGGAUAGAAGAGAGUAGAGGAGGAAUUGAGGAGCCAUUACUUCCAGGAGUUGGACUCAACAACAACCAACUGUUCUUUCUCAGCUACGCACACGUGCGCUGUAACUCCUACAGACCUGAAGCGGCAAGGGACCAGAUUCAGAGUGGAGCCCACAGCCCCCCAAAGUACAGGGUUGUCGGGGCAAUGAGUAACUAUGAGGAGUUCCGACAGGCGUUCAGCUGUCCUGAUUCAUCGGUUAUGAACCGAGGGGCGGAGUCCUGCCGUAUUUGGUAAAGUGUUCUACUGCUGAAUCCCACUGACAUUUUCCUUUCUCUCCCUCCUCUCCCUCUUGUGUGUGUGUGAUGCAGUAACUUGAUUUAUUCUAUAUUACUGUAACUUGAUUUAUUCUAUAUUACUGUAACUUGAUUUAUUCUAUAUUACUGUAGCUUGAUUUAUUCUAUAUUACUGUAACUUGAUUUAUUCUAUAUUACUGUAACUUGAUUUAUUCUAUAUUACUGUAGCUUGAUUUAUUCUAUAUUACUGUAACUUGAUUUAUUCUAUAUUACUGUAGCUUGAUUUAUUCUAUAUUACUGUAACUUGAUUUAUUCUAUAUUACUGUAACUUGAUUUAUUCUAUAUUACUGUAGCUUGAUUUAUUCUAUAUUACUGUAACUUGAUUUAUUCUAUAUUAC